CCGACGUAAGCACGCACUCGUCUUCUCUUCUCUUCGCCUUCCCCCACACCUCUCCCGUGGUCGUCCUUCUGUCCUCGCAUUCAUCCUCAAGCCCCCGCGCUUGUUCGAUUUCUGCUAUUUUCUGCUCUAAGGAGACCGUUGAUUCCUUGUCUUUUUCUUUGGGUUUGUUGGAGCUAGGGUUUGGGUUCGUCGAUGUCGGUUGCGGAGCUGAAGGAGCGGCACAUAGCCGCGACGGCUACGGUCAAUUCUCUGAGGGAGCGGUUGAAGCAGAGGAGGCAGUUGCUUCUUGAUACUGAUGUGGCGGCGUUUGCUAAGAGCCAAGGGAGAUCGGCGAUCAGUUUUAACUCCACGGAUCUGAUUUGCUGCAGGACCUUGCAGGGCCACACUGGCAAGGUUUAUUCAUUGGACUGGACACCUGAAAGGAAUCGGAUAGUUAGUGCUUCACAAGAUGGGAGACUGAUUGUAUGGAAUGCUUUAACGAGUCAGAAAACACAUGCUAUAAAACUUCAGUGCCCCUGGGUCAUGACCUGUGCAUUUGCGCCGAAUGGGCAGUCUGUUGCAUGUGGAGGACUUGACAGUGCCUGCUCUAUUUUCAAUCUCAAUUCUCAAGUUGACAGAGAUGGCAACAUUCCAGUUUCAAGGAUACUUACCGGGCACAAGGGCUAUGUGUAUUCUUGUCAGUAUGUUCCAGAUCAAGAAACUCGCUUGAUUACCAGUUCAGGCGAUCAAACAUGUGUUCUGUGGGAUGUCACAACUGGCCAAAGGAUUUCUGUUUUUGGUGGUGAAUUUCCUUCAGGACACACAGCUGAUGUAUUGAGUGUCUCAAUUAACAGUUCAAACUCGAACAUGUUUGUCUCUGGUUCAUGUGAUAUGACUGCUCGAUUAUGGGAUACUCGAAUUGCUAGUCGGGCAGUUGGGACAUACCAUGGUCACCAGGGUGAUGUUAACACUGUCAAGUUCUUCCCUGAUGGGCAGAGAUUUGGGACUGGCUCUGAUGACAGUACAUGCAGGUUAUAUGACAUGAGAACUGGGCACCAGCUUCAGGUGUACAGUCAACAGCAUGAAGGUGAUGACAAUGAUGUUCCAAUUGUCACAUCCAUUGCGUUCUCUAUAUCAGGAAGACUUCUAUUCGCUGGAUACUCCAGUGGUGACUGUUAUGUGUGGGAUACACUAAUGGCUGAGGUGGUUCUGAAUUUGGGAACAUCUCAGAAUUCUCAUGAGGCCCGCAUAAGCUGCUUAGGUUUGUCUUCUGAUGGUAGUGCUUUAUGCACAGGAAGCUGGGACAAGAACUUAAAGAUUUGGGCGUUUGGAGGGCAUAGGAAGGUUAUCUGAGUCUCGUCAUUGGUAUUGAUGAUGCGAGCCUUUGAGGAUAUCAAUGUGAAGCUUAACUUGCACUACUUGCAAAGAACAAACGUUGCACGCACGUUGGAGUCAGUUUGUUGUAUCCUCGACUCAAGUAGGAAAUCUCCUCAUAUCUUUCCCCCUCAUAUUUUCUGCUUGUUGUGGUGCAUUCUGUAAUUCUGUUGUUAUUACUCGGAAGGAAUUGUGAUUCAAACUUUGUUGUUCUUUCUGAUGUCUUUGUGCUCUUUCUGGUGUUUAUCAUGGAUAAGCACUAAUCUAAAUUUGUUUACAUCUCUUGUGCUAAAGACUUUUCGGGAUUUA